CAACGCCCACCAAAAAAUCUUCAUCAACGAGCUUUGCCCGCCCUCUCCCAACCUGGGCUUCUAUUUACGCCUCCUGUUUCCACCCGCGAUAGACCGAUUUUAGCGACAGAAGCUGCUGCUGCUGGUGUCGGUAGCUGUUAUUGAUUAUCUCAUCUCCCUUGUUUCCCUUUUCUCCUCCCCUGACGACCGCCGCCUUUGUGCCUCGUGCCCCACCGCUCGCGAUUCAGGCGUGACCGCAUCCAACGUCAACGUCAUUUCAACCUCAACUCUCCCAAUCAACACAUCUCGAUACUCGAUUCUAUAUCUCUGAGCCAUGGAUACCAAUAUGGAGGAUGUUGGGCGAGCACCCGCUGAAGCUUCACCUGUGCUUAACUUCGAGCCCACUACGAUCCCCACUCUUGACGGCUGGAUCGAGAGCUUGAUGUCCUGCAAGCAGCUGGCUGAAGCUGACGUUCAGAGACUGUGCGAUAAGGCCCGAGAAGUUUUACAGGAAGAGUCCAACGUGCAGCCAGUGAAAUGCCCUGUUACCGUCUGUGGUGAUAUUCACGGCCAGUUCCACGACUUGAUGGAGCUCUUCAAGAUCGGUGGACCCAACCCCGACACCAACUACCUAUUCAUGGGUGACUAUGUUGAUCGAGGUUACUACUCCGUUGAGACCGUCACCCUUCUCGUCGCCCUCAAGAUCCGAUACCCUCAGCGAAUCACCAUCCUUCGAGGAAACCACGAGUCCCGUCAGAUCACUCAGGUCUACGGAUUCUACGACGAGUGUCUUCGCAAAUAUGGAAACGCUAAUGUCUGGAAGUAUUUUACCGACCUCUUUGACUACCUCCCCCUCACUGCCCUGAUCGACAACCAGAUCUUCUGUCUUCACGGUGGUCUUUCUCCUAGUAUCGACACACUCGAUAACAUCCGAGCUUUGGACCGUAUCCAGGAAGUCCCACACGAGGGUCCCAUGUGUGACCUUCUCUGGUCAGACCCCGACGACCGAUGCGGCUGGGGAAUUUCUCCUCGAGGUGCGGGGUACACAUUCGGCCAGGAUAUCUCAGAAGCCUUCAACCAUAACAACGGCUUGACCUUGAUCGCACGAGCUCAUCAGCUGGUUAUGGAGGGUUACAACUGGUCUCAAGACCGUAAUGUGGUUACCAUUUUCUCAGCACCCAACUACUGCUACCGAUGCGGUAACCAAGCCGCUAUUAUGGAAAUUGACGAGCACUUGAAGUACACCUUCCUGCAAUUUGACCCUUGCCCUAGAGCCGGCGAGCCUAUGGUCUCAAGACGGACUCCCGAUUACUUCCUCUAAUCUCGUCACGUAUACCCACGUCUCACCAAGCUCGAGCCAGCUAAUGUCGAACUGUCAUAUUUGGGGCAACUGCGCCAGCCUCAAAGACGUUGCAGCUCGGCCUUGUACGAUUCUACACGACGAACCUUCCAAACAAACUAAAACUUUGUGGCGCAUGAAUUGUACGGAUAUAGCAUCUUUGCUCAUAGCGAGUUCCCAAACGUUGCGGCAAAGGCACGAUAGCAUUUGGGCGGCUAUACCUUUGCUGGGAAGGGUUUGGUAGACCACGUUGCGGCGCUCCGCCUCAGGACUGCUUAGAUACGCAUAUUUGAGUUCCGCGCUGUAAGAGAAAGAAACACGCAUGCAUGAUCAAUUUUUGUCUCAAGCUUCUCGCUGUGAUGUCUGUUUAAGUUGGAAGGAAAUGAAGUAUUAGAGAGGAAGCCCGGCUAUGAAAAUACGAUAGCCAGGAUAUAACAGAGCUCAAAUCGAAGGCAUCGCAGCAUAAGGCAAGUUGUCGUCGCAAGUUGUAC